AUGUUUUCAAAUUAUGCAAAAUCACAAAAUUUAAGGAUUUCAAAUUAUUUCAAUGAAAUUGGAAUUAGUGACAGUGGUGAUAGUAACAAAUUAUCGAAAGAAAUAGAGUGGAGAGGAACUUUAGUUAUUCACAGGCAAUCAGUUAGUAGUAAUGGUUGGGUAAUAAUAAUAAAAGAUUUAGCAGUAAGAAUAGAUCCAAUAGACAAUAACAGCAACACCAACAUCAAUAGCAAUAGUAUAAAAGCGUAUAAAUUUAUAUUUUCAACAACGCUUAUACCAAAUUUUCAUAUACAAACUUUUCAAACCAUUAAGGAAGAAUUGAAAUCGUUAAUCAGUUUUAGGGUUGGAUUAUUGGGAUUGAUCGAGUAUAAUGACACGAUAACUUUGAGCGAGAGCACUAGUUAUUAUAGUUUGAUUGGUAAAGGUGGAUUAUGGAGUGGUAUUGAGAUAUCUAGUGAAGGUGACAAUAUAAAGAAAUUCGAAACUAGUCUAAUUGAUAAUACUAAAGGACAAAAUCUUAUAGUUAAUAUCAUUGGAUUCAUCACUGGAAACAGCGAAGGAAUAUUGUUGAGACCUUCAAGAUUAAAAUACACUCUAUCGUUUAAAAAUUUUCCAUAUAUUUACAAAGACUCGAAAAUAGCAAUAUUGCAUGCUAUAUAUUCAUCGUCGACUUCAACGAAAAAAUAUGAUUUAACAUCUGUCAAUAUAUUAGAAGCAGGAAGAAAUUGUGGGGGUGGAAGAGAUAUAAUAAAUGUCGGAAAAUUUGAAUCGAUUUCAACUGUUUUAGCAGAUGGUAAAAAAUAUGAUUUAUUACUAGAACAAAAAGUUAUAUGGAAAGAAUCAAUUGAAUUAAUUAGCAAUAUCAAUCAUUUGAUAGCAUUUAAAAUUCCAGUGAUACAACCAACUGAAGUUAUUUGGGAUCCGGAGGGGUUUAAUAAUAAACACACUUUUGACACUAAAAAUAAUACAAUUACUCAUAGCGUCAGCUUGUCUUGGAUUACUGAUCAACAAACAUCAUGGAAUUUAUUUUUUCAAACUAAUCAAAGUUAUGCUAGUUAUGCUACAAUAGAUCAUGACUACCCAGAAGUAAUAAAAACAGAAGAUGGUAAUAAUGAACCAGCCCCAGUACCAUCAUGGAUAGAACAUACAUGUAUAGCAGAUCUUAUUACAAUAUUGCUAAUACUUGCAAAUACAACAUUAUUCAUAGUCACAUUUUUUUCAUCAAUAUUUGUGCUCAGAAAAGCAAAAAAUAAAGAUUUGUUGGAAAUAUAUAAUGAGCAAAAUGAUGAAAACGAGUUUGAUGUUGGCGAAUUGGCUGUUGAUGACGCGGUGAUUGUUGAAGAAUGUCAAAAUAUGAGAAAUAUUGAAUCGAGAUAUUCUGCUGUUGAUGAAAAUUGGUUGAAACGAAUAGUAGUUGAUAAUGAAUAA